AUGGCCUACUCUGUUUGCGUGGUUCUUCGCAGCAUUGGCAUUGUCCAGGUGGACCUUCCAGAGCUGCGCCGGCUGGGCAAGACCCACCACGCGGUUCGCCUCCUCCGUAUGAAGAAGGAAGUUGGCCAAGCACUUCAGGAGUUUCGCAUGACGGAGCACGCCGCGCGUAUUCACUGGGUGACAUUCUUGGGGCCAGCCCGAGCGAAGCCAUUGGCCCGGCUUCAAGGGCAGCAACUGUAUCGAUGCUGA